AUGUCCGUGGUAGCAACCCCAACCUCUACAGAGUCCCCGACCAAGGGGAAAGUCGAGGUCCAGACAGAAGUCGUCUCCGACGAAGACACUCUUUUUGAAGAGGGAGAUUUUUCAAAAGCGUACUUGGCAAAAUCGCGGAUUUUAGGUGAAGCUAUCGAUGAAUUAGGAUUUGGAAAGUACCAAUGGGGGUUAUUUUUUGUGGCUGGAUUUGGUUGGUUCACCGAUAAUGCGUGGCCAGUAGCCACCGGUUUGAUUUUACUGAGACUUAAUGAAGUUGACGGGGCACAUUACCCUCCAGGAAGGGCUCCUUAUUUGACCUUGGCCCAGAAUUUGGGGUUAUUUGGUGGUGCUCUUUUCUGGUCUCUCCUGGCAGAUAUCAUUGGUAGAAGGUGGGCUUUUGUGUUGACCUUUCUCAUCACAGGGAUCUUUUCCUUGGUUGCUGGUUCAUCCCCAAAUUUUGCAGCCAUUGGUAUUUUUGAUGCAUUAUGGAGUUUUGGAGUAGGUGGUAAUCUCCCGGUAGAUUCUGCUAUUUUCUUGGAGGCCUUACCAUCCAACAAACAAUGGAUCUUGACUGUUAUGUCCAUCUGGUGGGCCAUUGGUCAAUUGGUUACCAAUUUGAUUUCUUGGGGGUUGAUCCCAAAUUAUUCAUGCCCAGACACUGCUGAAGUCUGUCUUAAGAAGGACAACUGGGGCUGGAGAUACUUUGUAUUUACAUUGGGUGCAUUAACAUUGGUUAUGUUUGCCUUUAGAUAUUUAUUUCAUGUUUUUGAAUCUCCAAAGUUUUAUUUGGCAAAGGGAAAUAACGCCAAAGCUGUUGAAAUCGUUCACAGAAUCGCAAAGAUUAAUGGUAAAACUUCGACUUUAACUGUUGAACAGCUUGAAGAAAUUGAUGAUAAAAACUUGGAUGGGGUCAAACUGGUUGAGGAAGGAAAAAGUGGGUUAUUUGCUGGUAAUCAAUUAGUUCAACAAAGGCUCGAAAAGUACAAUUUGAGUCAUAUUAAAGACUGUUUUGGCUCAAGAAAACUUGCCAUUUCAUCUGGUUUGGUUAUCUUUGCCUGGGGUAUCAUUGGUUUGGCCUUCCCAUUAUAUAAUGCCUUUUUGCCCACAUUUUUGGAGCUCCGUGGUUACGAAGGUGAAACUCCAAGUGUUCAAAGAACUUACAGAAAUUCAUUGAUUGUUUCUGUCUUGGGUAUUCCAGGUUCCCUUAUCGCUGGUGUUCUCGUUGAACUGAGAAUUGGGCGUAAGGGUGUUUUAUUCAUUUCUCUUGUAUUAACUGGUGUGUUUUUGUUUGCCUCUACUACCGCCAGAACCAGUAAUGCAAACUUGGGUUGGGUUUGUGGAUUCAAUUUUGUUUCUAAUAUCAUGUUUGGUGUUCUUUAUGCAUACACUCCGGAAGUUUUCCCUGCAAAGGUUAGAGGAACUGCCGUAGGAUUGGCUGCUUCAUUCAACCGUAUCUUUGGUAUCUUUGCACCAAUCAUCGGUAUUUACGCAGAUUUAUCUACUCCUGCCCCAAUCUAUACUAGUGGUGCAUUGUUUCUCUUUGCUGCUGUCUUGGUGGUGUUCUUUCCAUACGAACCUAGAGGCAAAGCUAGUUACUAG